GAGGAGGAGGAGGAGAGCAGCAGCAGCUUCCCUGGGCAGCGCUCGGCGAUCAGCGACUGGCAGGGACCUUCCAGUUGCAACAAGCUGAUAGCGGCGAUGGGCCAAGGCGACGGCAACUGUCCGCGGCACUGAGCGUCCGACAUUGCUGCCGUCCGGGCUGUAGCCAGCCGCCGAGCUCCUUGCCCUCUUUUCAGCCCGAAAGGGUGCUGGACACUUUGGGAGAAGGGUCGCUGCUGCUGCUGCUGCUGCUGCUGCCGCCGCGCGCGCUCUCGCUCUUUCUCUCUCCCGGGGCAACUUGCUGAGCGGAUUCUUCCCCGCCCCUUUCCGAUCCAUCCAUGCCCCGACCUGAACUUUAGCUGCCCGGGGGCUCCGCGGAGGGAGCCACCCAAAAGCGUGGAAGCUGCGAAUAUGAUUUGAAAGCUUCGGGUGCGAAAAAGAGGGGGGGGGAGAGCGCGACUGCCGAGGUGGGGGAGACUUCGGAAGAUGAGCCACGCAGAUCUUACAAAACCACCACUGGCCCCAAAACCAAAGAUCUUCAGUCAUCUGGCUUCCAUAGCAGCUUCCAAAUUUCCUCCAUCACUAUCAAGGGCUGGCACACUUCAUAAUUUAAACUCUAUGUCUAGGGGUCCAAAACCACCCAUUGCUCCCAAGCCAAAAAUCUCCACUGACAGCGAUCCAACAAUUUUUCAGAGAUCCAGUGUUUAUGCUAAUAAUACCUUUAACAAAUAUCCCAACGGAAAACUGGAAGCAGAACUUUAUGAGGAAAAUCAGUGCAACAACACAGAGUGUCCAGAAUCAGAAGGUGGCAAUGAAUACAUUGUGAUUCCUGAUCUUGAACCAACUGAUAAAACCUAUAGUGACUGUGAGCAGGAGCCAGCUGAGAAUGAGAUUCUGCACACUCUUGAACCAAUAGGUGAGGAAGAUGGUAAUUGUAUGGACAGCAAUGAAGUAUGUGGUUGCCCAUUAAAUGUAAUGAAGAACAAGGAUACUGAAUCAGUGGGAGAAAACUCUGUGGGAUCGACUGAAAUACCAGCACAUGACUGCCCCGAAACAUUUGAAAGGGAAAAAGAAGAUGGUAGAAGAGAUGAAUAUGAAAAACUCGGCAAUGAAGAUCAUCCCAGUGAGACCAAAAUGAACUGUGCAGAUGAAGCUCUAAGCAAACUGGAUUUGGUAAAUGAUAACAAUGAGUAUAAUAUGGACGGCAAAAUAUUGAAUGGAGAAUUUUUGAAAGAAACCAUAUACGAUGGUAUCAUUUUCAAGCAUUUAGAAGAGCCAAUAUCAGCAGAAGAAGAUCAGCCUCUAAUUUGCAAAGAGGCAGUUCAGUUUUUGGAAGAGGAACAAUUAAAUACUGAUCUAGAAUCAGGCCCAGCAAAUCACAGUGAUAAUGAUUCAGCCUGGAUUACAGAAAGAAAGUUUAUAGAAGAUGCUAAUGCUCACGUUGCUAAUGAUGCUGAUGUGGACACUGGAUUAGAACCAAGUGGGUCCGAGCUUGGUAUUGAAGAGAAUUUUAGAGAGACCACAAAUGAAAUGGAUGAAAAGGAAGAUGAAACAGACCCAAAUGCUGAGGGAGAAGUUCUCAACAAUGGUUGCCAAACUACUGAAAUGAAGAAUGUGGUAGAAAUAUCAGAGACUGAAUGUGAAUCAGGGGAAAAUUCUGGAGAACAAAAUGAAAUGAUAGACACAGAGACGAUGGAUGAUAGCUGCCAGAUCAUCCCCUUUGGAAAUGAGGGCAGUGAGGAUGCUCAGGAUUCCCCAGAUGAAGAUUUAGAUGAAGAUUUGUCAGGAAAAGAGACUGAAAUGCCUGAUAAUAACCCACCCCUCAGUUCUGAAGAUACUAAUGGGCACAAAUCUGAUUCGCAGCUUAGAAAAGAAUCUAAGUCAGAUGUUUUACUUGGAGAUCACAGUGCAAGUGAAUGUACUUUAGAAGAUACACAUUUGGAUAAUCCAAUAUUCGAGGUGGAUCACAAUGAUAAAGAGGAAACUGUCCCAAAUCUAACCAGAGAAACAUCAACUGAAGAUACUGAGCUUGGAGAAUUAGCUAAAUUGGAAACAAACUCAGCCAAUGAAUGUGCAAUUGAGGAAGCUACAGUGGUCCCCGAAGCGUCGGUUGUGCCUGAUAACAAUGGAGAAGUAGCCAGUGAUUCCCUAGAUGACCCAUAUGUCCUUGGAGACAGUUUGCCUACAGCAAAUGAAAUUCUUUAUGCUGGAAGAGAAAUGCAGGAGGCUGAUAUCCAAAACAGCUCAAAUGAUUUCAGGGAGGGAGAGAACACAGAAAAUGAAAACCACUUGCUUUCCAUAGAUCGGAAAAACAUUGUUACUCGAACAAGGUCCCACUCUGGGAAAGUACCUGGUUAUGUGCCAGAAACAGUUCCAGAAGAAACAGGGACAGACACUGAAUCGCAGACCUUGAGCACAAACACCACUAUUUCUGAAAAUUUAAGACACAGUUGCUGUUGGUCAGAAGGAAAACCUAUAGAACUGGCUAGAACACUACCUGCAAAGCCAAGACGCUUCAUUUUGUACCCUCGAUCUUAUUCAGUAGAAGGCAGAGACGUCCCUGUCUCUCUGUAUCGAGAAUCUGAUAACUCUAUAUUAGAUUAUAACAGAUUAAACAGGACCGAUGAGCUGUCUUUACCAUAUGUAAUUGGUUCUUCAGGUAGCUUUUCCCAGAGGAAUCACCUUACAUCCAGUGGGGUUUCCACUCCUUCCUCUGUGGUUGAUAUUCCACCUCCCUUUGAACUAGCCUGUAUCACCAAGAAGCCCAUCACAAAAAGCUCCCCAUCCCUUUUAAUAGACAGCGAAUCUCCUGAUAAGUAUUGUAAGAAAAAGAAGUCCUCCUUUAAAAAAUUUCUCACUUUGAAAUUCAAGAAGAAGGCAGAAAACAAGGUCCACGUAGAUGUUCAUGUUUCUUCUUCAAGAUCCUCCUCUGAGUCUAGUUAUCACGGACCUUCCAGGGUGAUGGAACUGGACAGAAGAAGUUUGAGUGGUUCACCUCAGCUGUUAUCACGGACCGCCAAACUGAGGGCCUCUGAAUCUCCGACUGUUCUUUUCUACAAGGAUGGCAAGAGAAAAGGAACCCCCAAAAUGUUUAGCAGAAGUGUGUCAAGGGUAGAGUCUUUUGAGGAUCGUUCAAGACCACCUUUUAUGCCUCUGCCUUUAACAAAGCCCCGGUCUAUUUCAUUUCCCAAUGCUGAUACUUCUGACUAUGAGAAUAUCCCAGCCAUGAAUUCUGAUUAUGAAAAUAUACAAAUACCUCCACGGAGGCCCACUAGGGCAGGAACCUUUACUGAUUUUUUUGAAGAUCCUAGCAGGGCCUUAUCUGCUGCCAAUGAGAAUGAUGGCUAUGUGGAUAUGAGCAGCUUUGCAGCCUUUGAAAACAAUAAACAGCAAACCACCAACCAGGAAACAGAAAGUGCUUACACAGAGCCUUACAAGGUGUGCCCCAUCUCCGUAAUUCCUAUUGAAGAUGUCACAUCUGACGAGGAACAGAAAAGUUCAGAAGAUGAAGACAGCAAUCAAGGAGAUUCCAAUAUCAUCCAGAAGAAAGAAGGGCAAUCCAGAGCUCAACUUGUCGCCCAGGAGCUUGUGUCAUCAGAAAAAGUGUAUGUGGAAAUGCUCCAGCUGUUACAUACGAAUUUCCAUGAAGCUGUCUUAAAAGUGCUGGGAGAUGAGUAUGACAGUGAUCAUGAAGAAACAAAGCUCAAGGAAGGACUGAAAGAAAUCCCAGAAAUCUAUAAUCUACACCAAGAAAUACUAGGAGAACUGGAAGAAAAAGUUCUUAACUGGGAAGAACACCAGAAAGUGGCUGAUAUUUUCCUCUCCAGAGAAUCAGGAUUUAAUCACCACACAACUUACAUCAUGCAGUUUGAUAGGAAUUUGGCUUUGCUGGAUGAUGUUCGCCUUAAAUCCUCCCAGCUGGAUACUAUCAUUAAAGAGUUUGAGCAGGUUCGUGAUGGCAGUCCCUUGAAUGUGAAACACCAGCUCUUGAAAGUGGUGCAGCGCAUAUUCCAGUACCAUAUGCUACUUACAGAUUACUUGAAUAAUCUCUGCCCUGAUUCUGCUGAAUAUGAAGAUACACAAGCGGCCUUGCUUAUCAUAUCAGAACUUACAGAUAGAGCCAAUGAUAGCAUACAACAAGGGGAAAAUUUGCAGAAAUUGGUACAUAUAGAGCACAGUGUCAAGGGACAGAGCAACCUUCUACAACCAGGAAGAAUAUUUCUUAAAGAAGGGACGUUAAUGAAAGUCUCUGGGAAAAAUAGGCAUCCUCGACAUUUAUUCUUGAUGAAUGAUGUCCUGCUAUAUACAUAUCCCCAGAAGGAUGGCAAAUAUCGCCUUAAAAACACAUUGGCUGUAUCUGGCAUGAAGGUUAGCCGUCCAGCAACAAAAAAGGCUCAGAAUGUUCUGAAGAUUGAAUAUGCUGAAAAUUCCCUAAUCCUAUCUGCAAGCUCAUGCUCCGAAAGGGAUGAGUGGUACAGCUGCAUCAGCAGAAGCAUCCCGGAAGACUAUGGGGCUCACAGCGGAGGUGGUUUUCACAACAGUGUUGAACUUAGGGAAAGGCUGGGAAUGUCUUUGGGUGAGAGGCCACCAACUUUGGUACCUGUGUCUCACGUCAUGAUGUGUAUGAGCUGCGGUUGUGACUUUAAACUCACGCUGAGGCGUCAUCAUUGCCAUGCAUGCGGGAAGAUUAUAUGCCGAAAUUGUUCAAGAAACAAGUAUCCUCUGAAGUACCUCAAAGACCGACUAGCAAAAGUUUGUGAUGGCUGCUAUACAGAACUGAAAAGCAGAGAGCGGCCGAUAAGCAUAAGCUUCCCUACAAGUUCAUCCAGGUUUUCAGGCAGUGCCUUCUCUUCUGUGUUCCACAAUAUCCACUACUCUUCCUUCAAAAGACAAAAGAAAAUUCCUUCAGCUCUUUUAGAGGUGGCAGCUUCAGGAGAAGGCUCUUCUAUCAAUGGGUAUCUCAGCAGAUGCAAGAGAGGGAAAAGGCACUGGAAAAAGUUGUGGUUUGUUAUCAAAGGAAAAGUGCUCUACACAUACACAGCAAAUGAAGACAAAGUCGCCACUGAGAGUUUGCCUUUGCUGGGUUUCACAAUUGUCCCAGAAAAGGAAGAUCGAAAUAUGGAUGCAGUUUUCCAUCUUUACCACAAGCAAACUCUGUUUUAUAGCUUCCGAGCAGAGGAUAAUAAUUCAGCACAGAGAUGGAUUGAAGCUAUGGAGGAAGCAUCUAUAUUAUAGCAUCAUCCAAGUGGAUUCUGAAUUAAUGCAUUUCUAUUUGCAAGAUUACCCAUAUAUUGGAAAGAACAAUACAUAUAAUCGAAAUCUGGCUAAACAUAUGAAAAAGAAGCCUAUAAUUUUCCAUCCUUAAACCUAUCUCCUUGCUGAUGGAAACAAAAUAAAGGGAAUAUUUAUGGACCCUUUUUAUCUUUGCAGGUUCAUCACUAAACUGGGCUCUCAUCUAACAGUUGCAUCAUAUUUUCAAGAAGUUAAACAACAUAUGCAUUUCUUCUAAAAGAGUUGUUUACUCAUAACUCUGUUUUAUUUUAAGAUAACAAUUUGAUUUGUGCCAGUCAUAAAACUGAGGUUUUUUUACAUUAAAAUUUUGCUUCCUUUCUUCUUUCUUAAAAAAGGUUUAUAUUGGCAUGCAGUUAAAAAUGCUAGAAUGAAAGGAUAUAUAUAAUUUCUACCAUAGAAAGUAUGGGAAAAUCCAUUCCAAGCUGGCAUUUUAGUGGUUAUAGACCACCUAUGGUAAUUGUAUAGUAUUUCUCAUAAACAGUGCUAACAGCUUAGCUUUGUUCAUUAGGACUCUUAAUCCGUUCCAAGUUCCAAUCCAGUUCUUAUGAAAACUGUACCAAUUUCUACUCCAAAGGAUAUUAAAACAUUAAUUUAUUAUAAGCCUUUACAGUUUGUUUAAAAUUGAUUGAUCUAAAUUAUAUUAUUUUAAUAGCUGAGAGGAGCAGAUCUUAUUUAUAAAUCUUAUUCCUAAAAUAUAAUUCUAAACUCAAAACAGGCAUCAGCAUUUAACUUCAGAAAGGAAGAACAUUUAAUUAUAUUUAUUCAGUAAACUAGAAAAGCUCUGGAAAGCCUUGUCUAAAUCUUAUUUUCAACAAUUAUAGGAUGUCAUUCAGUUGGACCAACCAAUAUUGUUAAUGCUGUUAUAUUAUUAUCAGCUCAAAAAUUAUAGUUCAGAUUCCAUUGUAUUUAGCCAGCUGAUCAAAUGCAAGCAUACUAUAGUUGUUGCUAUAACUACUUCCUCUGAUAAAGUACAUGGAUGGUGUUUGGCAAUAGCCAUAGCACCUCAUGACUGCUUUUAUACAACAUGUUUUACCAGGUCAGUUAAAGUCUUAACAGCUGCAUUUGUACAAAAUGCUGAAUUAUUGUUAGCCUUGAUUUGCUUUUGCUUGGCUAAACUAAUUCAGAUAGUUAGUUUCCAAUCCAGUGUAUCUCACAAACCAGAACAUGAGUUAGUUAAUUCAUUAACAAGGUUAUGAUAUUCUAUGACACAAGACAUAUUAUGUUCCAGGGAGUACAAGUAAUCAAGGUCUUUAAAGUUUUGCUGUAUUUAAAUCUUAUAUUCAUAGCCUAAAGGCCAGGUUUUAAAUAUAAUGGAGUUGUGCAAAGCAUUUGAAAAUUUGCCUUGCAAAGUAUGACAAACGUAAGCAACCCCCCCCCCUCCUUGAAACAUUACUGUAAAGCAAAGCAGACAUGUCUUCUUGAAAAUCUGCAAAGUUAUUUCCAAGGCUGUCCUCAGGUGGCAGUACAUCCACAAAUAACUGUUUCACUGAGACUGCAAACAAAACCAACGGGUGAUGUAUGCACCACACAUGCACAGAUAGUCUGAAACACUCAUGUGAGCCUUCCAAAGAACGCAACAUCUUGAAUUCAUGGCAGAAGAUUAGUUCACUGUAUCAAUACACCUCCCAAACCAUCCCCAAACCACCAAAUGCUUAAAGACCAAUACUAAUGUGAUGUAUGAUCUGUUGCAGAAACAUUUUGCUACCAAAAAGUGUUUAGGAUAGAGAUUUCAGUAUUGUGCUGAUCAAACAGCAUAACCAAUAUUAUUGCAACACUGAUACAAUUAUGCUUGCCAUGAUGAAGCUUGUGAGAUUUUUGUUUCUGAUGACGAUGAUAAGGAGCUUAGAAACACCACUCUCAAAAUACAAGAUUUAAUACCUUUCAAUGAAACAGAUUUCCAUUUAUUUUUUUAGUCUUUGAAAAUUUCAGAUGUACAGUAAAAUACACUUGUUAAGUAUCUCUAGUAUUUAUAUUCAGGACCAUGACCUGAACUGCUAAUUAAACUUUGAACUGGAAUAGUUUGUUUCCUCUUUGUAUAAAGGUUUACAUUUUGUUUUUCAAAUGAAUUGUUCAAUUAUUUGUUUCAAUUCAAGACAGUAAUUGGCCCUGGGGGGGGGGGGAAUAUAAAGUU